GCAGCAGCGUGAGGUCUGCGCAGGCGAUAGUCAUUCCGUGGAAAGCUAUUUCUACAAAAGCAGCGUUGCGUUAGUAGGUGCAGUUUUCUCCUUAAAGAAGAGCUCGAAGCCCAACGCUACGCCGUGUGUCUCGCAAGAAUUGCGAGCGCGAGAUAUAACCGUCGACACUGCUCCAUCCGUACCCGGCAAAGUGGCCAAAGAAUCUCGGGCUUUCAACUUUCCCAGCUUCGAAGGACAAAAGACGCUGUCAGCUGAUUCGGCGCGAAGAUCUGCACAAUCACUUGGGGAACGCAGACUGAAGCACAUCUCAAACUUGCAGUGCCUCUUUACCGGUGAGCUGUGACUAUCAUGGGCUGCGCCAACGCCAAGGCUGCCGGAAUCCCAACGCCGGGCAAGACUGACCAUCCGCUCGAGGUCACCGACGGGAGCGAUCGCACCAACUUAAUCAACAACCCGGUGCCUAAGGUGGUCAUCAACGGUGGAGACUUCUUGGACAAUGAACACCACGUCAACGGCACCGCUGAUGCCGAGGGCGAAGUGAACGGCAACGCAGACCCUCCUGGGACCGAAACAUUCCUGCCCCCACCGGACACGCCCCAGGAAGUGGAAUUCCUGACGCCUCCAGACCCUCCCAAAGACGACAAGGACGACAGAGAAGCCGUGGCCGAUCGCACCGGCGAGACGCCAUUGGACAACGGAAAUCACGUGACCGAUGACGACGGCGACAAUGCUGCCGACGACAACGGCAACCGGCUGCCGCCGAACGGCCUCACGACGGACGAACCAAUGCCGGACGCAGGGGACGGUGUCGUCACAGAGGAUGCCGGCGUGGUCGUGGCAGACGACAACGCCAAUGACGUCACGCCGAUAACUGACGUCCCCACUGACGGCGGAGGUGACGUGGUUCGCGACGCGGGGGACAGGACGAGCCCGGAUGUAAUUUCGGACGCCCCAAGAGGAGAGAACGACGCACCACGAGACCUCAUUGAAGACAACGACAUUGCGCCCAACGACAUCUUCGUUGACGACGGCCUCGACUUGGACAGCAAGAAAGCAGACAGGAAGAACAGCGGGCACGAGUUGAUCGUGCAAGAUGCGUAGCGAGUACUGAAAACAGGGUGAUGCUAUUGGAGGAUCUAGCUUCCUGUACACGCGCUAUAUCGUUGCGGUAUUAGACAGUUUUGGCACGGCGCGUACGGGCUAUCUCUACAGUAUUACCGUAGUACUGGAUAGUAAGGGUGGUAGAGACAUGAAGUGGUACUGCGUUCAUCAACUAGAACGUCAGAGAAACAUUGUUGUGAUCCUGGGUUGCGCCAUUCUUCUGUGCAGAAGAAAAGCUGAAAUAUGUUCGUAAUGGCUAUGUUACGGCUUACAGUACGCCAAUAGACAAAUUGAUGGCCCUUACUGCAAUAAGCUCCGCGUGCUUUGGUUGCACACACCAGGACAAGAGGCCACCGUUAUAGUACUGCGCUUUCAGCUUACGUGUGAGGAACCACGAGCGCCGCAAACGUGAACUUCGACGACGAUACUUAUACGCUGGGCUAAAACUUUGACCUCAGUACUCACAUGCAGCUGUGAAUAGCAGCGCUAUGACAGCAGGAUCUUGUGACGUUGUGUUAAAAAAAACAAAGUCUGCGGACGUUUUGUUGCAAUGCAAAACUGUGCUCUUGUCUCUUGGCGCCAAGGUCAUCUUCAACCUUCCGUAUUGCUGUGUUUUCACCUUUUUUUACCCCGAAACAGACCAAAAACAACGCUAUCAUGCAAGAAUGUUUCUAACUCAUUUUGAUUGAACAGAUUGCCACAAGAGGUCGCCACCGGCGCUGAUGCCUUCAUCUACGUCUCCUGUAGCACGGUAAUAAUGUGUAGCAAUAGCGCGUGUGCGAGUGGUUAGAACUCUUUGUACGGAGAGAAACCUUAUAUCGAAGUGUUUUGUACGACUGUUCUUGACUACCGAGCAGCAGAAGGAGCUUCGCUAAAGUGUUGAUGCAUUUUGAGCAUUUUUCUUACAUAAUUGCUUUGAUCGCACUCCAAGUAAAGCUUCAAAAAGACACAUGUUGCGGUGCAUCGUAAGAUUAUGUAGCAGCACGGCAGAAAUUUAUGUAUAUACACAUAGGGGCUACGUUGAGGCCAUCUUGACUCUCAAUUAGAUAAUGCAAACGUUCGCAGAGUCGUGUGCGCUUGCUCAGACUUGCGCUUGCUCAGCGCGGAUACAAAUGUCUGCCCUGAAUUCAUUGAUGUAGCGAUGCCGUGAGUUGAUUAAACAUUGUUCGUUGCUAUGUUUAUAUUAGCUCAGAAUGAAAGGGACCAUCAAUAAGUAACAAUAUUUCACCUGCUUCAACGAGUGACUUAAAAAAAAAGAAAUCAUCGCCUGUACACACCGUAUGCCUUCUAAAAAACGCAAACAAAGUUGUUCAGCCUCUAUAAGCGACAGAGUCAUUCGGUGCUUGAAACUGACAUAUAUAGACUGCAAAUCAAACUCCGUGCUCCUGAAAAGCUCGAGUGUACCUUAUGCCGGUGGACCUGAUCUCACCCAUACCGUAUAAUGUAUUUCCUUGCGUCCAGCAACACGGGUAACGCAGUAUUGUACAUAAAUGAGAAAUGGUGCUGAGGUUAAAAGAGGGUUGCCGGACAAUCAGACCAUGGAUCUGUCGUUGUGUUGGAAAGACUCAGGUUGUGUGUGUGGAGUCCCUAAUGCGAGGGAAGCAUUGCUGAUAAAUUCAAAAUAAAGCGAAAAAAAAAUCA